AUGUCCGCUAAUGGAGGCUCGCCGGUCGGCCUGUUGUCUUAUGAGACUCUGGUUCACGCUAUGGCAGGUGCAAUGGGCAGCGUGACAGCAAUGACCACCUUCUUCCCUUUGGACACAGCAAAAAGUCGACUGCAAGUUGAUGAGCGCAGAAAGUCCAAAUCCACACCAGUUAUCCUGGCUGAGAUAGCACAAGAAGAGGGCAUUCUCGCUUUGUAUCGAGGCUGGUUCCCGGUCAUCUCCAGCCUCUGCUGCUCCAACUUUGUCUACUUCUACACCUUCAACACGCUGAAAAGGCUGACGCCAACCAGGCCGCACCAGUCGAGACUCGGCAUAGACCUGCUCACGGGCAUCAUAUCAGGUGCGGUCAAUGUGAUCCUAACCACGCCCAUGUGGGUUGUCAACACUCGUCUAAAGCUUCAGGGAGCCAAAUUCAGAAAUGAGGACCUUCAUCAGACUCAGUACAGGGGCAUUUUUGAUGCAUUCUCCCAGAUCAUAGCAAAAGAGGGCGUAGGAACGCUUUGGAACGGCACUCUGCCUUCGCUCAUCCUGGUCCUCAACCCAGCUGUGCAGUUCAUGUUCUAUGAGUCCAUGAAGAGAAGGGCAGGGAAAGGAGGCAGAAAGAUAUCGUCAGCAGAAAUCUUCCUCAUUGGGGCUGUCGCCAAAGCCAUUGCUACAACCGCCACAUAUCCACUGCAGACAGUUCAAGCCAUCCUCAGGUUUGGCCAGUACAAAGGUGACGGCAAGGGCGGCCUGACUGGAAGCCUGGCAAACAUUUUCGCGUUGCUGAUGGACCGAAUUAAAAAGCACGGUGUUCUCGGUCUGUACAAAGGCUUGGAGGCUAAACUGCUCCAGACGGUGCUGACGGCCGCCCUCAUGUUUGUCGUGUACGAGAAGAUCACCGCCGCCACCUUCAAAAUUAUGGGCCUGCACAGGAAGCGAAUGUAG